CAGUGGUCUCUGCUCUUUUCGAGUGAUAACCUAUUAAUGUGAUGCCAGUCUGCAUGACAUUUGUGGGUGCGGGUACAGCAGUCGUGCUGUGUGUACUGUGGUUAGUGUUUGUUUAUUACCCCAGACAGACUGAUCAGAAGCUAUGCUCGCAAUCAAACGUUGUUGGUUCCACACUCCUUUACCCACUCAACCAGCUUCUUCCCCACACUCUCUCCCCCUCCCUCCCUGGCCCCACCUCCCUCCCUCUUCUGGGCAACAUGUUGGAGCUGACACGGGACCACCUCCCCAAUCAUCUGACCUCUCUGGCUCACCACUAUGGCAACAUCUACAGACUCUACUGUGGCAACACAACCAUAGUUGUGUUGAGCAGUGCUGAGAUGAUCCGGGAGGCCCUGGUGAAGAAGUGGUCAGACUUUGCUGGGAGGCCACACUCAUACACCGGCGAUAUUGUGUCAGGUGGUGGGCAAUCCAUCUCUUUGGGGGACUACAGUGAGGCGUGGCGGACACAUCGCCGCCUGGCCCACAGUGCUUUGCAGCGUUGCUCUGCGCAGUGUCUGCACGCUGUCAUUCAGAAGCAGGCUCUCACCCUCAGGCAGGUUCUAAUGGACUACAAUGAGACUCCUGUGGAUUUGUCAGAGGACUUCACCGUGGCUGCCAGUAAUGUCAUCACUACUCUGGUCUUUGGAAAAGAAUAUGACAAGAGCUCCCCUGAGCUGCAGCGUCUGCAUGGCUGUCUGAAUGAGAUUGUGUCUUUGUGGGGCUCCCCCUGGAUCUCUGCCCUGGACUCCUUUCCCCUGCUCAGGAAGUUGCCCAAUCCUCCUUUCUCUCGUUUACUGAAAGCGGUGGCCAGGAGAGAUGACAUCAUUAGAUCACAUAUCCAAGAAUAUAAGGAGCUGUGCCCGGAUGAAGGGACAGGGGGUACUAUAACAGCCUCUCUACUUCAGAGCCUGGAUCAGCCACUGGGGGAGAAAGAGAGGGUGGCAUUGACAGAAACUCAUGUUCACAUGGCUACAGUGGAUCUGCUCAUUGGUGGCACAGAGACCACUGCUGCCUGGCUGGGCUGGACUGUGGCCUUCUUACUACACAGGCCUGAGGUGCAGUGUAGAGUGUACAGUGAGCUGUGUACAGUGCUGGAUACUCGGUACCCACAGUACAGUGAUAGGCUCAAGCUGCCCUGCUUGUCUGCUCUGAUCAAUGAGGUGCUUAGACUUAGACCUGUGGCUCCACUUGCAGUUCCUCACCGUGCCAUUAGAGACAGCAGCAUUGCAGGUUACUGUAUCCCGAAGGACACCAUUAUUAUCCCCAAUCUGUAUGGUGCUCACCAUGACCCAGCAAUGUGGAUUGACCCCUAUGCUUUCAAACCAGAACGUUUUUUAGAUGGAGGCAGAGCUUCCACUCGUGCUCUUCUGCCAUUUGGAGGUGGAGCCCGGCUGUGCCUUGGGGAGUCCAUAGCCAAAAUGGAGCUAUUCCUGUUCACUGCCUACUUACUUCGUGAUUUUCAAUUUCUUCCCUCUGGAAACAAAGAAACCUUGCCGGACCUGACUGGGGUUGCAAGUGUUGUCCUUAAAGUCAAACCAUUUCAAGUCAUAGUGCGUCCACGACCAUUAACUUGAACUUUCUUAACAGUUAAGACUGUAUAACGUUUUUGUACGUUUUUUUUUUUUUUUUUUUUUGUGCUAUCCUGAUUCCCUAAUACUAGGAUAAUAUUUGGCCUAUUGUCCUGCUAAUAAACAACCUCACACAGAAUGCAUUCACUGACAGGUGUUGGCUACCAAUAAAAGGUAGUGCUGUUUUUUAACAGUAUUGGAGGUAAUGGAAAAAUCAGUGGAAACAUUUACAUCUGUAAAUAGAUUUUGCACACAACAAAGAUCCUUAGAUCCACAGACGUGUCCUAGAAUGAAUUAAUUGUGCUCAAGCUGAUCAGAUGCUCGUGACCUACAUACUGUAAGUUUCCAACACAAUUUAUAGUUUAUUAACAUCUUGGAUCUGAUGACUGCUGUCCGUUCUGUUUGAUGUUAGUGUGUUAACUGCUUUGUAGUUCAUCCCCUUCACUUUGGCCUUUCUGUGUGAAAACAUAAUUUGUAGUGGGGAAAAGACAUGUUAUAUGUAAAUGUAAAACAUAUAACUCAAAUUAUUGUAUGUCAUUAAAAUCUAUUUUAAUUUCUGCUUCCAAAUUUGAA